AAUAAUCAAAGCACCUGAUGUUCCAUACUGCUCCUCCAUCGGAGGAGCUCCUUGGCUCAGCCGGAGCAGUACCUCAACUUCCUCUCCCUCAUCCGGGAGAUGUGAGCUCUCAUGACGAGUCGUAUCAUGUGGUCAGAACUACUUUGUCCCACCAUAAUACCAUGCCUCCCUUACUGCAACCACACAAUCAAACUCUCAAUACUCCCUACAAGGAGCAGAGGUUCAAAACAAACCCCUCUGAACGAAUCGGGAAUUGUUACAGUCCGGACGCCCAAAAGCUCAGCAUCUCGAAAAGGUCUGGCGUGGAGAUCAGGCGUUUCAAGAAGAUUCAAAAGAAAGACAGCGGAAACCAGCCCCCAGUUCUUGACCUGAUCCCAGACGGGUACGCCAUCCAGUUCACGCCCUCCCAGCAGUUUAUCAAUAUGGGGCAGGCAAAGAGACGAGAUAAAGGAAACUUUUUGCAUCCCACUUCUACCGAUGCUAUGCGUUAUAAUUGGUAUUUGGAGAAUGCUUUUGAUUUGAAGUCAAUUCCAAAGUUGCCGGAGGAGAACAUUGUAAAUUUUAGGAACAAAUGCGGAAGGCCUUUCACGAUGAAUAAGAGUCAAGAAGCAGAUUUCAUGAACGAAGUGAAGAUGCUAUACAGUGCGAGUAUGCGACAAAGUAUCAUUGACUAUAUUCUGCUGGAUCCUGAUGAACGGAGUAGACUUGGUAUUGAGGUGCAGAACAAGCCGUUCCAACAGAAAAUUGUGGAGGGUCCGUCCCCUUGGAAUCAUUCUACUGUGACCUGCCGACAGUGGCUCUACAAGAAUCUCUUCUCUAUCUCGCCAGUCAUGUUAGAAAUAAACAGACUGUGGUUCACAGAAUACAAGGACAGGAGACCUUUUGAUCUUGCUGAGUUAAUCGCUGAUGGUAUUCCCAGCCCAGCAGAGCUCAAGAACAGCGUAACUAUGAAGAGUGCUGAGUUCAAAGAAACUGUCCUGCUGAAGGGAUAUAUAGAAGACUGUCGCAAGAUAAUUUUAGCUCACCUGGGUUUCUGGGAGGUACUUUUACCGCAUCACAACCGUGGUACUACCACUUCCGGGCAGUCCUCCGAGUACAUAGUCAAGUUCUUUGAUACCAUAGCGGCGCUCAUGAGCAGACACUUGUGUGGUAUGAUUUACUCCUUCUUCAAUGAGAUUGCUGACUUUUUCUCGCGGUAUAAGAAUGGCAAUGUGUACAUGAAUCACCGUAACUCGGCACACAAUGGCGAUGAUGUCGAUGGGUUCCCAAGUGGAAAUGAAAAAUGGAAAAAUCCACUCGUCAAAAUCGAGGUGAACAUAGUCGAUGGUAGAAUAUUAUUCAACCCUCCGCUCGAGACCAUAUACCCUAUUUUGGAGGUGAUGGUAGACGACAUCAUGAGCAUCAUAACUCAGAUACCGUGUUUACAGAAGAGUAUCUUCCCCCACAGCCGCUCCAAUGCUAAACUUAAAUGCAUCAACAGAAUGAACUACUACUACAUAGAGCUGGUUAUGAGGAUGCAACUGAUAAUCGAACACAACUUUGAUGGACCAUUUAAGCUUAUUCAGAUUUUUGACGAUCUGCUAAAGUUUGUGGAUGGGAAGGAGGACCGCGUGGUCCAGCAAGUGAUAAACGAUUCUUACUGCUUAGUGACUUUCGAAGAGAAGUUGAUGGCCCUGCGAGAGACUCGCCUGAAGAUAGCUCGUAUGCAAGGAUCAGUAAACCUUAACUUAAUCCACCUUGACUUGUCUCCCGCCCAAACGAAGCUGUCUGAUGGAAUAAGCGACCUUAUGGCAACCAUCACUGACUACGUUCUGCACGGCAACCGAUUGUAUCAGAAAGAGAUCUGCCGCAGUUUUGACGAGAUCUCCGAAACAAUCCUCCUUCCAACUCAGACUACGGAGGAACUGAUAGAUUUGAACCAUUAUGUGGAUAACACGGAGAAGGUUGUGUUCCCACAACUUGAUGUGAAGCUGGUGGAGGCUGAGAAAAACGUGCUCUUCUUACUGGAGUACAGUGAUUUGAGUGAUGAAGACUUCAAGCUUCAUUCAGUAACAUUCAGCUGGCCAGCUAGGAUCAAACCAAUAAUCCAACUGAGUAGAAACAGACUGACCCACAAGAAGGAUCUUGCCACUACUGAACUGAAAGAGCGGAUCAAACUGUUUGAGCAGCAUGUUUCUAAAUGGAGCAUUGUGGCGGAGGAGAUAAAAGAGUUGGAUUUCUCGUCUGGUACUAAAGCAGUAGAGGAUAUAGAACGAAAUGUGGAGCAGUUUGGUAAUCUUCACUCUGAUCUAGAGGGAGGAAGGGUAGAACUUGAGGAGAUACGUAAAGAACAGAAUUUACUGGGAAAAGAAGCUCUGAACGCUCAAGAUCUUGAGGGAAUCUUCAUCGAUAUUGAGCCGUUCGAAACAUUCUGGGGCGUGGCGGUACAGGCGAUGAAGAAGAUGGAGGACUGGAUGUUCGGACCGUUCUUGAAACUCAACUUUGUAGCCCUAGAGGAGGAGCUGAACGAGCUGUACAGAACAAACUUCAAGGUUGUCAAGAUGUUCCAUGAUAAUCCCAUACCCAAAAGAUGUGCUGAGAACAUUCUUAAUCGCCUAACUAAAUUUAAGGAUCAUUUGCGGCUACUAGCAGUGAUAUGUAAUCCUGGUAUGGCUAACAGACAUUGGACAGAGAUUGCUGAUCUGUUUGGUGACGAAUUCACGAUUGACAUAGAAUCAUCGCUUUCCGUCAUGAUCGAUAUGAAACUUAACGAAAAGAUAGACAAGCUAGAAGAGAUCAGUACAGCAGCAACAAAAGAACACACCCUGGAGACGAGUCUACGGAAGAUGCAAGAGGAGUGGCAAGAGAUGAUCUUCACUUUCAUCCCUUACAGAGAUACAGGAACCUACAUUAUAUCCGCCCUCGAUGAGAUCCAGACGCUCCUUGACGAUCACAUCAUAAAAACGCAGACUAUGAGAGGAUCACCUUUCAUCAAACCUCUGGAAACUGAGACUACCAUUUGGGAGAAAACUCUCAUUACAGUACAGGACAUUAUAGACGAAGCGUUGAAAUGUCAGGCAACAUGGUUGUAUCUAGAGCCCAUAUUCUCGAGUGAGGAUAUCAUGCAACAAAUGCCGAGGGAAGGUCGAGCGUUCUGUAUGGUCGACAAGAAUUGGAAACAGGUCAUGGCUAAGGCUGUGAUAGAUCCACACGUGCUCACUGUGACUAAGAUUGAAAAGGUUGUAGAUGAUCUGAAGCACAAUAACAAUCUUCUAGAGGACAUUCUCAAAGGGUUAAACAAUUAUCUUGAGGUAAAGCGACUGUACUUUGCCCGCUUCUUCUUUCUCUCAAACGAUGAACUGCUCGAGAUUUUGUCAGAGACAAAAGACCCCACCAGGGUUCAGCCCCACAUGAAGAAGUGUUUCGAGGGAAUUGCAAAGCUUGAGUUCGAUGACAAAAGGAUAAUAACUGGAAUGAUAUCGAGUGAGAGUGAGCUGGUGAAGUUGUCUAAGCCUAUAAACCCACAUUUAGCGAAAGGUUGCGUCGAGAAGUGGCUACUAGAGGUGGAGAAUGGUAUGAAGCAAUGUCUAAGAGACAUAGGAGAGAAAGCUGUUUUAGCGUACAGUGAGACAGUGCGAGAAGAGUGGGUGUUAGAGUGGCCUGGUCAGAUUGUUCUGAGCGGGAGUCAGACUCAUUGGACUACAGAGGUCUCUGAUGCUAUCUCACAAGGAAAAGUUGGACAGUACCUGGAGAAGUGUAACGGUCAGAUAAACCUGAUAGUAGCGAUGGUGAGAGGUAAACUUCCGGCCAUGUCACGGAUAACGCUGGGUGCUCUAAUAGUGAUAGAUGUUCACGCUAGGGAUGUGGUGGAGACCUUCCACAAGAACAAAAUCUCAUCCGUUACUGACUUCCAGUGGAUCAGUCAGCUUAGAUAUUACUUGGAGGGGUCGGAUCUGAACGUCAGGAUGAUAACUACAACUAUAGCAUACGGUAAUGAGUACCUGGGUAACUCUCCUCGUCUCGUCAUCACACCACUCACUGACAGGUGUUACCGCACGUUGAUGGGUGCUAUAAAGUUGACACUGGGAGGUGCGCCUGAGGGUCCAGCUGGGACCGGUAAAACUGAAACCAGUAAAGAUUUAGCCAAAGCAGUUGCGAAACAAUGUGUUGUGUUCAACUGCUCGGAUGGUUUAGACUACAAAGCGAUGGGAAAGUUCUUCAAAGGUCUUGCUCAGGCAGGAGCUUGGGCUUGUUUUGACGAGUUUAAUAGAAUUGAGUUGGAAGUGUUGUCUGUUGUAGCUCAACAGAUUCAAUGUAUACAGCUGGCGAUAGCAGCCAAACUAAAAGUGUUCGUGUUUGAAGGAACGAACCUGACUCUGGAUCCUACAUGCACGAUGUUCAUCACCAUGAACCCCGGUUAUGCGGGUCGCUCCGAACUUCCUGACAACUUAAAGGUAUUGUUCAGAACAGUAGCUAUGAUGGUGCCUGACUACGGGCUGAUCGGAGAGAUUGUGCUGUACAGUGUAGGGUUUGUUCAGGCUAGGGCAUUAUCCACUAAGAUAGUUGCUACCUACAAGCUGUGUUCAGAGCAACUCUCCUCACAGAAACAUUACGAUUAUGGAAUGAGAGCGGUGAAAUCUGUCCUAACUGCAGCAGGUAAUCUCAAGCUACAGUAUCCCGACGAAGAUGAGGCUGUUCUUCUCCUCAGAGCUAUCCGGGAUGUUAAUCUUCCGAAGUUCCUUGCUCAAGAUCUUCCUCUGUUCCAAGGAAUUAUCAGCGAUUUGUUCCCGGGAGUUAUCCUACCCGAACCAGACUAUGAGGUCCUCAACUCUGCUCUAUUCUCCAUAAUGGAUAAGAUGAACUUGAAGAACACUGUGUUCUUCCAUUCAAAAAUAAUCCAGAUAUACGAGAUGAUGUUAGUCCGGCACGGCUUCAUGGUAGUCGGAGCAACACUGGGAGGUAAAACGUCCGCUCUGAAAGUGCUAGCUGGCGCUCUGGAGAAGCUGCACAGCCAGGAUCAGAUGGAGGAGAACAAGGUCGGGAUUCAUAUCAUAAAUCCUAAGAGUAUCUCUAUGUUCCAGUUGUAUGGUAACUUUGACCCGGUGUCGCAUGAGUGGACUGAUGGUGUCCUGCCCAUUCUUUACAGAGAGCAGGCAUCCUCCACUUUGCCGGAUAGACAGUGGCUAAUAUUUGAUGGGCCAAUUGACGCCGUCUGGAUUGAGAAUAUGAACACUGUCCUGGACGACAACAAGAAACUUUGUUUAAUGAGUGGUGAGAUAAUUCAGAUGAGUAACCAACAAAGCAUGAUAUUUGAGACAGCUGAUCUCGAGCAGGCCUCCCCCGCAACAGUCAGCAGAUGUGGUAUGAUCUACAUGGAGCCCGCAGAGCUGGGCUGGGAUCCAAUAUUCUCUAGUUACCUAACUACUCUGGAGGGAACAUUCAGUCCUGAACAGUUGGGAACGAUAAAGACGGUGUUUGAGUGGUUGCUACCACCCUGUUUGAAGAUGGCUACCAGGCAGCUCACCAUGUUCGUACCUCUCAGCAUGAUGCAUCUAGCCAGGCAGUCCAUGACCCUUUAUAAGCUGGUAACAGCUAACUUGAUAGUGGAGAAAGAAAAGAAUUUCAAAGAUUGGUCAGCCACAGCUCUGAUCUUCUCUGUUUUGUGGAGUGUAGGCGGUUGUCUGCCAUUAGAUUCUAGAAUAAGAUUCAGUGAAAUGCUGAGGAAAUUCUGUUUAGAAAAAGAAACUCGCCCUAAGACUAUCGUCAUAGAUAAAAACAACAUGUAUCCUGAAAAAGGGACAGGCUACGAUUACCAGUUUAUAGUUGAAAACAAAACAGUUUGGAGGCCAUGGCAUGACGGUUCCAAGUUUGUCAUACCCGAGGAUUGCACAACAAUAUCUAGCGUCAUAAUUCCCACUAAGGAGACCCAAGUUAUCCGAUAUUUCCUGGACCUAUUCGUUACACAUGCUCACCCUCUAUUGAUUGUAGGUCCUACAGGCACUGGAAAAUCUGCUGUCUCAGUAAACCAUUUGUUGGGCCUGGACGAGAAGAAAUACGCUUCAAACAUCAUAAACUUCUCUGCUCAGACCACUUCGCAGCUCACCCAAGAGAUGAUCUGUUCCAAGUUGGAUAAGCGGAGGAAGGGUUACAUUGGACCUGCAGUUGGCAAGCAGAUGAUUGUUUUUGUGGACGACCUGAACAUGCCCAUGAAGCAGACUUACGGUGCCCAACCCCCGAUAGAGCUAUUAAGACAGCAGCAGGAUCAAGGACACUGGUACAAUCCUCAGGGCAGUUCCAAACUGUAUUUAGAGGAUAUAAUCCUGCUGUGUGCGAUGGGUCCACCUGGUGGCAGUAGGAACGAUAUCACUUCCCGGUGUACUCGGCAUUUCAACGUUGUCAGUGUUGACAGUUUCGGGGAGGCAAUAUUCUCCAUCAUCUUCGGGACGAUUGUUGACUGGCACUUUGCCAAAGGUUUUACUUCCAACUGUGUGGUUACAGGUCAGAUGACAGUUCCAGCCACAGCUCAACUCUUUCACGGUAUCCUGCCCAAGUUCCUACCCAUCCCCUCUAAGUCUCACUACCUGUUCAACUUGCGGGAUUUUGCUCGAGUUAUCGGCGGGAUCCUCCUACUACCCGCUACUCAGUGCUCCGGUCCUGAAGUACUAAUCAGACUGUGGCUACACGAGGUUUACAGGGUCUUCUACGACAGGCUCACUGACGGCGAGGACAGGAAAACCUUCUUCGGCAUGUGUAGGGACGUUAUCAGCUCGGUGUUUAAGAACGAUAUUAACACUCUUCUGGCACAUUGCUGUGAACCUGGCUGUAGUACUCUGCAGGACGAUGAUGUAAGGAAGUUACUGUUUGGUAACUACAGUAACCCUUCUGGUAAUAGAGUUUACUCUGAGAUCCAAGACUUGGAUACGCUCCAGGGAACUAUAGAAGGAUACCUUGAUGAGUACAACCAGAUGAGCAAGACGCCCAUGACGUUUGUUCCCUUCCGCUACGCGAUCGAGCACGUGUCUAAAGUGUCGCGCGUGUUGUUGCAACCUAACGGUCACGUGCUGCUGGCAGGAAUUGGAGGGAGUGGCCGGUCCAGUGUUGCUAAACUUGCUACACAUGUUGGGGACUACCAACUUUUCCAGAUAGAGAUCAGUAAGAAUUAUACAGCUGCAGAUUGGAGGGGAGAUCUGAGAUCUCUGUUAUUUAAAGCCGGGGCAGCAGGAGAACCAACUACUUUCCUUUUCAUUGACAACCAGAUAAAGUUUGACAGUAUGCUGGAAGAUAUAAACAUGCUAUUAAACGGGGCUGACAUACCUAAUUUAUAUCCAGCUGAUGAAAAAGCCCUUGUCAUUGAGAAGAUUCAGUCCUGGGUGGCUAAAAAUAAUAUGCAGGUGGAUUCGACCCCUGCCAAGAUGUACGAUUUGUUCCAACAACGUAUCAGAGACAACCUUCACCUGGCUCUAGUGUUCAGCAGUAUUGGAGACGACUUCAGAACUAGACUCAGGAAGUUUCCUUCUCUUAUCAACUGCUGCACCAUUGAUUGGUUCCAGCCGUGGCCAAGUGAUGCUCUUCAGAUGGUAGCAGACAGGUUCCUAGGAGAUCUCGAACUUACUGAUGGAGAGAGAUCGCAGCUUCGGACCAUGUGCCAGUACUUUCAGACCAGUGUAUUUGAGUACUCAGAGAGGUUCUACGAAGAGCUUCACCGAAACAACUAUGUUACACCCACCUCAUAUCUCGAACUUAUCCUCACAUUCAAAGGUCUACUGGAUGUGAAGAGAACUGAGAUAUCGACACUACAACAGAGAUAUGCUACUGGCCUUGAAAAACUAGACUUCGCUGCUUCUCAGGUGUCAAUAAUGAAGCAAGAGAUUAUAAAUCUACAACCUGAGUUAAUAAAGAGUAGCAAGGAGACAGAGGAACUGCAGGUUUUAGUCGAGGCAGACGCGGAGAAGGCCAACGCUAAAAGGGAGCUUGUAGCUAAAGAUGAAGCGGUUGCAAAUGAAGCUGCAGCGGUGGCUGGAGCCAUCAAAGCGGACUGUGAAGCGGAUUUAGCUGAAGCGCUUCCUGCUUUGGCAGCCGCUAUCGGUGCGCUAGAUACACUAAAACCUUCUGAUAUAUCUCAGGUAAAAGCCCUGAAAAACCCUCCUGCUAUCAUCAAACUAGUGAUGGAGGCAGUAUGCAUCAUGAAAUCGAUAAAACCAGAGAGGAAACCUGACCCAUCUGGAUCUGGAAAGAUGAUAGAGGACUUUUGGGGACCUUCACAGAAACUGCUCGGAGAUUUGAGCUUUCUGAACACUCUCAAAUUGUACGAUAAGGAUAACAUAGACGCUGGUGUCAUCAAGAAGAUUCGAGACAAAUAUAUGAACAACCCCGAUUUCGUUCCUGACAAGGUAAAAGCAGCUUCCAAAGCAUGUGAAGGUCUAUGUACCUGGGUCCUGGCUAUGGAGGUAUACGAACGUGUCAUCAAGUUGGUAAAGCCUAAACAAGCUAAAUUAGCUGAAGCAGAAGCUGAGCUUGCGGUGCAGAUGGAGAAGUUGACAGAGAAACAGGCAGAGUUGAAAGAGGUUGAGGAUGCUCUGAAAAUACUUAACGACCAGCUGAGUGAGGUUGUGGCAAAGAAGAAAAAGUUGGAAGAUAAUUUGCAACUAUGCGAGAAGAAGCUGGAACGUGCCGAACAGCUUAUUGGAGGACUUGGGGGAGAGAAGUCAAGAUGGACUGAUAUCUCUGAAGAUUUAAAGGAGUUGUACAAGCAGACAACGGGAAACGUGCUUGUAGCAUCUGGGAUUGUGGCCUACUUCGGGCCCUUCACCGUGCAAUACAGAGACAAACUGCUCAAGGACUGGUGUGAUAGGUGUCUUGAGGAAGAUAUCAGAGUUUCUGAUACUGUCAAUCUCAAUUCUGUGUUAGGAAAUCCGAUAGAUAUUAGGAGUUGGAUGUUGGCUGGGCUUCCCACUGAUGAGUUUUCUAUCGACAACGCUAUUAUCCUUGCUAAAUCAAGACGGUGGCCUCUGAUGAUUGAUCCUCAGGGACAGGCAAAUAAGUGGAUCAAAAACAUGGAGAAAUCUAACAAACUAGUUGUGAUGAAAAUGAACAACGCUAACUUUAUCCGUACAUUGGAGAACUCCGUGCAGUUCGGUACACCUCUACUGCUGGAGAAUGUGGGAGAGGAUCUGGAUCCCGUUCUCGAGCCUCUGUUACUGAAACAAAUUUACAAGCAGGGUGGUGUCGAGUACUUGAGAAUCGGUGAUGCGACGGUUGAGUAUAGUCGUGAGUUCAGGUUCUUCAUCACGACUAGACUCAGAAACCCUCACUAUCUACCAGAAGUUUCUGUUAAAGUUACCCUCCUCAACUUCAUGAUUACCCCUCAGGGGUUGGAAGACCAGAUGCUCGGUAUUGUGGUAGCUAAAGAACGACCUGAGCUGGAGGAAAAGAAGCAGACACUGAUCGUGGAAAGUGCUAAGAAUAAGAAACAGCUGAAGGAAAUAGAAGACAAGAUAUUAGAAGUGCUGAGUAGCAGCGAGGGGAACAUUCUGGAAGAUGAAACCGCCGUCCAGGUUUUGUCCUCAUCAAAGAUACUCUCUGAAGAGAUAACAGAAAAACAAGUGAUAUCAAGUGCUACAGAACAGGAAAUAGACACAGCUAGAAGCGGCUACAAACCUGUUGCAGAGUACUCCUCUAUCCUCUUCUUCUGCUUAUCCGAUCUGGCUAACAUUGAACCCAUGUACCAAUACUCCCUUACAUGGUUCAUUAACCUCUUCAUUAUGUCCAUCGAACAGAGUGAAAAGUCUGAUAACUUGGUUACUAGGCUUGGAUGUCUUAACGAUCAUUUCCUGAAAAAUGUCUACAGAAAUGUGUGUCGGUCUCUUUUCGAGAAAGAUAAGCUGCUGUUUUCUGUUAUGUUGACUAUAAGUAUCUACAAGUUCAAGGGAGAGAUUGAUGAUGCUGUUUGGAGGUUCCUGUUGACGGGAGGGGUAGGAAUGGGGAACCCUCACGCUAACCCAUACCCGGAAUGGCUUACUGAUAAAGCUUGGCAGGAACUUGUUUACGCUAGUGAGCUCACUAACCUCCAAAACUUAGCAUUCCCCCUGCACUCUGGGUUUAAGAACUUGUACGAUAGUCCUGAACCUCAUUUGCAUGAGUUCCCUGAUAAGUGGAAGUAUUUGAGCGGUCUGGACAGGCUGGUAGUUCUGAGGUGUAUAAGACCAGACAAGGUCGUGUCUGCCAUGCAGAACUUUGUGAUAGAAAAACUGGGACAAUACUUUGUUGAGCCCCCAACAUUUGAUUUGUCGGCCUGUUUUGCCGACUCCGCUUGCUUUACUCCUCUUAUUUUCGUGUUGUCACCUGGAGCCGACCCUAUGGCUAAUCUCCUCAAAUUAGCUGGUGAGCACGGUUUCUCUGGAGACAAGGCUCCACAGGCCAUCUCUCUGGGCCAGGGACAAGGUCCUAUCGCUGAGAAAAUGAUAAACGAUGCUCUGGUUGAAGGAUCCUGGGUUAUACUACAAAACUGCCAUCUAGCAACCAGCUGGAUGCCAACUCUAGAGAAGAUCUGUGAAGAGCAAGUAGUCCCAGAUCACCCUCACCCCAUGUUCAGGAUGUGGUUAACCAGCUAUCCAUCUGACACAUUCCCUGUUGCUAUCCUCCAGAACGGUAUCAAGAUGACAAACGAGCCCCCCAAAGGGGUGAGAGCUAACCUUCUCCGCUCUUAUCUAAACGACCCUAUAACUAACCAGGAGUUUUACGAGGGAUGUAAAAAACCUACUAGUUGGUACAGACUCCUCUUCUCUCUCUGCUUCUUCCAUGCUAAUGUUCAGGAGCGGAGGAAGUUCGGUCCACUUGGGUGGAAUAUUCCUUAUGAGUUCAAUGACUCUGAUCUUCAUAUUAGUAUGAGACAGAUAAGAAUGUUCCUUGAUGACUACGAAGAAACACCAUUUGACGCGUUACGAUAUCUGAUUGGUGAAUGUAACUACGGAGGUAGAGUAACAGAUGAUCAUGACAGAAGACUCCUGAUUGCUAUUAUGAGUAGUUACAUCAACAACAGUGCCACUGAAGAGGAUAUGUAUUCUAUAGCUGAAGGUGGAGAGUAUUAUGUUCCAGAUUGUUCGGCUCAAGAGGAUUUCCUCAACUACAUCAGAUCUCUGCCGAUGUUAGCGAAACCGAACGUGUUUGGUCUUCACGAGAACGCGGACAUCACCAAGGACCAGCAGGAAACCCUGAAUUUGUUCACCAACAUCCUGCUUACUCUACCAACUCAGAGUAGCUCUGGUGCUGUCUCGGCGGAGGAGUCUGUUUGUAACCUGGCUAAAACUAUUCUGGAUCAGCUGCCACCACAGUUUGAUCUGCUAGCUAUCAAUGAGAAAUUCCCCAUAUUGUAUGAAGAUAGUAUGAACACUUGUCUCAGACAAGAGGUUAUAAGGUACAAUAGGCUAACAGAGGUGGUGAAGGACUCGUUGCAGAAUCUGAUGAAAGCUGUUAAAGGUUUGGUGGUGAUGAACGGAGAUCUGGAAGAGGUCUUCUCCUGUCUAAAUAUCGGCAAAGUUCCCGCUAGCUGGCUAAAUUCUUCUUACCCUUCACUCAAACCUCUCGGUAGCUACAUUGCUGAUCUUGUUCAAAGACUGGAGGGUUUCUACACGUGGAUAAACUCGGGACUAGCUCCUGUUGUAUUCUGGAUCUCCGGAUUCUACUUCACACAAUCCUUCCUAACAGCUGCCAGUCAGAACUACGCGAGAAAGUACAAAAUACCAAUAGACCUGCUCGGUUUCCAGUUUGAAGUUAUAGACCAGGUUGAGAGUGAAGUUGAUAAGCCAGAUGAUGGGGUGUUAGUCAAGGGGCUGUUUCUGGAAGGUUGCAGGUGGAGUGCUAAUGAGGGGGUCCUAGCUGAGUCCAAGUCUAAAGUACUAUACUCAAAGUUACCCAUACUAUGGUUGAAGCCUGUGAAGAGAGCUGAUAUGGCGAAAGAGUCUACUUACACGUGCCCCGUUUACAAAACUAGUGCUAGACGAGGAACUUUAUCCACAACAGGACACAGUACGAACUAUGUGAUGAGUGUUGAACUACCAACCACACACCUACCAAUACAUUGGAUAACAAGAGGUGUCGCUCUGUUGUGUCAACUUGACGACUAAAAUUCAACAGUUGAACAACUUGAAAUCUAGAAUUCAACAGUUGAACUGCUUCCUAACUCAACUCUACUGCAUGAAUUCAUGAACUACAAUACGAUUUUUGCUCGAAAGUGCUUAAUUUUUCACGUUUAACUAGGAUUAAACAAAAGGUGUUUAUGUCUUGCAGUUGCAUGCUGUAUUUCAAGAAAUAACUGUAAAUUACGCUGCUUAAUUUUUGUGCAGAUUCGGCUCGCUUCUUGAUUCGGUUAGCAUGUGCGGCUCAAUACCGCAAUAUCAAAUUUAUAUUAUAUAAUACGCAUGUGGAGCUGCGCAAGCGAACCAAACCAAAAGCUGAACCGAACCUACACUAAACCGUCAAAAUUAAAUAUCAAUCUGCUUAGGACAUAAAAAAUGUAAUUUUGUAUUAAAUAUUUACAAUUGAAUGUACUGCGGAUAAAAUUAAAAUAAAGACUCGACUAUAUAAAAGUUAUAAAAUUAAUGUAAUUAUAUUUCCAUAUCAUAUUUAUUGAAUGUUGAAUCUAUUAUAAUUACGCAA